GGGGCUGCAAACACCCUCGCUCGUUCAACGUCUGAUAAAAUAUAUCGUUCCUCAGUUCAAUUCAGUUGAAAAGUAAACUUUUAAAAGAAUGGGCAAAAUAAUUUUGUAUGGCUUAGACGGCAGCCCGCCAUGUCGCGCGGUUUUGCUCACAUUGAAAGCGCUAAAUGUGCCUUUCGAAUAUAAAAUUAUAAAUUAAUUAUUUGGUGAAAAUCGUAAACCCGAAUAUCUUGCUAUUAAUCCACAAGGCACAGUGCCAACACUCACUGACGAUGAUAAUGUGCUCACAGACUCACAUGCGAUUAACACAUAUUUGGUUGAUAAAUAUGGCGUUGACGACUCACUCUAUCCGAAGGAUCUAAUUCAACGUGCCAAAGUUAAUCAAAUUUUAUUCUACGAGGCUACUGUGGUCUUUGAGCGCACACUGCUUACUAUCAGCAGAUCGGUUUUUCGUAGUAACAACGUGAUUACAUCUGUGAAAAUCCAUGCUAUAUUUAUAGUAUACGAAAGUUUGGAGCGUUUCCUACUGGAGCAUCAAUAUGUAGCUGGUGAUCAAUUAACCGUUGCAGAUUUUUCACUUAUCGUAACGAUUACCACCCUUUUCGCAUAUUUGGAACUCGAUGAAAAAAAAUUUCCAAAAAUCGUUGAUUGGGUUAGACGUAUGGAGCGGUUGCCUUACUAUGCUGAGGGUAACGGUAUUGGCUUAAAACAGUAUUAUGAUUAUGUAAAAGCAAUUGGCUUUAAGGUCUUACUUUAAGGAUUCAAAAUAUGUUUAAGACUGUGAAUUAAUUAACUGUUUUAUUAAUUAUUAAUCAAAUCCAACUAACUCACCAUACAAACAGCUAUCAAAAAAAGUAAAA